AUUCCUCCACGUAAACAUAACCAAAAGUAGCUUUAUUUUUAAUUAUUUUUUCAGUAUUUAAAGUCUUUUAUAUUAAAACUCAAUUAUGUCAUCUAAAAAUUACUUAGAUUUAGAUAUAAAUAAAUUAUUUAAAGAGCACAAAAUAAAAGAUAUUGAAGAAAUACAGAAAAAAAUUCAAGCUGAAAGUGAUUGGAAAAAAGUAGAGCUCCGUACUCUUGUAGGAGAACGUUAUCGAGAUUUAAUUCAAGCAGCAGACACAAUAGCAGAGAUGAGAAAAACAACAGAAUCUGUCAUACAAAGAAUAGCAGAUAUAGAAGAUACUUUUAAAGAUCUUAAUCAAAAAUAUUUAAUUGGUUUUAAAAUAGAUCCCCCUGAUGAGUCUUUAUCUCAUGAAGAAAAAAAUGUCAUGGAUGCUGUGAUCGUUCAAAUAAAAAUUCUUAUGGAUAUACCGGAGCAUAUUUGGUCAGCGAUUGAUGAUAAAAACCUCAUGAGAGCUAGUCAACUAUUUAUUCUUGCUCAACAUAUUAAUUAUAGUUUAAUUUUUGAAGUUGGUCAAGCUAAUUUAGCACAAAAGUAUCCAGUAGUUACCAAGCAAUGGUCCAUGAUCAGUAAUUUCCGAAGAAUUAUUGCUGAAGAAUGUCAUCAUAUUUUAGGAUCUACUGACUUAACCCCUGAGGUCGCUGCCAACUGUUUAGCAUCCCUUGUGCUCAUGGAAAAAACAAAUUCUAAGGAUUUAUUAGAUAAAUUGAUUAAUCUUCGUUCUAGAGCCAUAGAGUCAAUAGUCAAAAGCGAAAGUCCUCAGAGUGUUAGACACAGGAUCAAGCUAAGUGUCAAAAUGUUGAUUGAUACUGUAGCUUUGAUACAUUUCUGUUUUAUAAAUGCUUAUAAUCAACAAAGUGGACUUAUUACUACAUUCAUCAAAGAGAUCAUGGAUCAAGAGUCAUUGAAAAUGCUUUGUCAACUUGAUUUGAGUAACCAAAUAAUUGAUAAAUACCUUCCGAGUGUAACAAAAAAUCACAAACUUUUUGCUAAAGAUGAAUUUACGGACCUCUCUUCUGUAGAUCUUCAUUCUAGAUUUAAUCUAUGGUUAAGUUGGGUAAAAACCUUUACAGCAACUGAAAUUUCACGUUUAUUAAAUCUCGUAACAUCUGUGAAAGGUAUUUAUAACAUUAGAGAAGAGUCGAUUGCCAUUCAACUUCCAGAAUAUUGGACAAAUAUCUGGAAAGAUCUUUCCUUACCAAUUAUUAACUUCUGGACAGAGUUUUAUCACCCAUUAUUAACAGAUAGAGUGAAAGAAAUAGUUCAAGACCGAUGGAAAGAAACUUUAACCGAUUUAAAGACGAAAACGACUGAUUUCUUAUCAAAGUUAACGAAUGAGAAGUUUGAUUAUCCAGAGAAUGAUCUUAGGUGGUUCAUUUGGAAAGAUUCUCCAACGGAUAUUCCUCAGAAGUUAUCCAAAAGCGGUUCAUCGGAUGUUAAAAGAUCGUUAUUGAUGAAAGCUAGAGGCUAUUCACCAAAUCUUGUCAAUUUAUGCGAAUCAUUCGACGAAAAUUUGCAUUCCUUACUGUUAGAUUUAGAACAAUAUUUAUACGAGACGGAAAAGAUGUCGUCGGUGGCUGAUGAUUUGUUAGCACUGAAUCUCUCAUCGCUUUUUGACAAAUUCAAUGAUCGAUCUGCAGUUCAAGAAAAUUUGCAGCAAAUCAGUACACUUAUGAUUGAUGAUUUAAUUAUUUUUAUCGAAAAAGAGUGUAUUUGUGAAACUCCUAAGUAUGGAAAAAGUGAAAUUAAUGUGAUUGUGAUGGCCAGAUUCCUUCAAGCUUUGACUGCUUUAUGUCCUAAUUUAAAUAAAUGUUUUACGUUGAGUAAGAUUUCAGGUCUGACAAUUUCUAAUGUGAAAUGGCAAAGCAUUUGUGAUAAAAUGAAAGAUAAAAGCACUUCAAUCUGGUCUAUUUGGGCUUCUCGAUAUCGAAAUAAAGUAAAGGAUCAUGCAAAUAAUGUUUUGAGAAGCGAAUCUAUUGAUGGAUUGAAAGUAGCGACGAUUAUUUCUGAAUGGGAAAAAGUAACGAUUGAAGAAGAAGCUGAAGAUGGCAAAAGAAUUAAAUCAGAAAUUUUAGUCCCUUAUCAACCAUCAGCUUGCUUGACAAAAUUUUUAGCGACAAUAAUGAAGGAUUUAAACAAAGUCGUUCCUCAUACUAUUCCUAGAAAAGUACUUCAUGAAUUAAUUGAAAAUAUUGUAAUAGAAUUAUUCAAUUAUUAUGAAGAAGUGUCUAAGUGUUUGAAUUUAAAGCAAAAGCAAGCUUUUCAAGUACUACUCGAUGUUAAAUAUAUUACAAUGUUAAUGGUAUCGCGAGAGAAUAAAACUUUAACUGACAGAUCAGUAGAACUUUGUAAUAAUGUACAAGAAAAAAUUGAUCCAUUUGAUUCUGACGUUUUUUUUCCAUUUAUUCAUGUGAAUGUUAAAAAAAGUGUUCAAAGAUCAUUGUUGAUUUUCGGCAAUGUGGUACCGCAAUUGGAGCAGUUAUAUUCAGUCCUAGGUGCUCGUAGUGAAUUAAAUGAUAGUGGAAAGUCAAUAGCUGAUCCUCCGGGUGUUCUUGCUAUUUGCACUGGCGCUCCUUGGUUCUCACCGUUGGCUGUAACAGUACCAUCAAAGAAUUUGCCUCUCAUUUCCGUAACGAUGCCCGACAAAGCCCAGCGCAAAAAAAUGCCAGUGAAGGAACACACCAGAAACGAUUCAACUGGAGCUUCUAUUAAGUCUGGAGCUGCUGCAUUUUUUGGAGCCAUGGGUUCUGAUUGGUUUAGUGCAAGUUAACUGAUUAAUUAUCUAUUUAAUUAAUAUAUCGUUAUGUAUAUAAUUGUUAUAUUAUUUUAUAUUUUGUUAUUGAUAAAUAAAAAUAAUAAAUAAUUAAUAGAUAAUUUUA